AUGGACAAUUCUGUGACGAGUUCACAGUGUCUUUUGUCAUCUACACAUUUAGAAAAUGUUGAAGCAUUAAUUAAAAAUUUAGAAAAACAAACAAUAUCUACGCUAGAUAACUUUGAACAUGUUAUUGGUGGUGAUCAAUCACAAUUUAAAUCAUUUAUAACAAGUUCUAUAACGUCGUCGGAUGUAAUGAACAUUGAUGAUAAUUUUCUUAUUCGAAGUAUAACAGAACCAUCCGUUGAAAAUUAUUCAACAGACAGUUUAUUUUCACCAUGUAAUUUAUUUGGCGAAUCUGUAAUUAAUAAUCGUAAUCGAGUUCCAACAACAAUAUCGGAUGAACGUAUCGUUCCAUCAGAUCAAUCAAUCGUUGAUGGUUUUCAUUGGGAUGAUCACUAUGAUACGAGACAAAAUUACCAUUUAACAUUUAGUGGAUCAAAACAAAGGCCUCCUUCUCCUCAUCAUCACAUUCAUCAUCCGCACAAAAGCAGCUAUCAUCGACUAAACACAAGCCAACAAAGAAAGAAACGAACAUCACCAACAUUGAAUGGCCAACCGAAUUCUACGUAUUCAGAUGAAUUACCUUCCGAUACAUUAAUAACAAAUUUAAAUGAUUGGUCCAUGCGUUCAUCGUUUAAUCUUGAACAAUCAACUGACAUCUUACCCGAAUCAUCCUCACGAUAUCAAGAACCUGUUCCCACAACAUCAUCGGCAACACUUUUUCGUUCACAAUCACAUCCUUUACCAGCGGAAAAAGAGCUAGUUUCAUCAUCCCAUUCGCCUGGUGUCUCAUCAACAACGUCGAGUUCAUCAUCAACAUCUUGGAAACGUAUGAAAGAAAGUCAACGUGCAUCAUCGGAUGUUGAACUUAAAAAAAGUCGACCACCAUCACCGUUUAGUCUUUAUCGAAUAUUUCAAAAGAAGGCAUCCAUGUCUUCGACAACUCAACAGCAUAUACGAAGUAGUGUCCUUCAGCCUUAUCGUCAUUUAAGUACAGAAAAUGAGACACCAGCAGUAGUUGCAAAUCCAUCUGCAAUAUCAACAUUAAAGGAGAAUUUGAUUGAUGGUGGCGGAAUUCAGCGUCAAAAUCAAGCAGCAUCACACUCAAAAACGCAUGACAGAUGUGAAGAAUCGACACAAUUUCCACCUCAUAUUACAGAUCAAUGUAUACAAACAUCAAUUUCGAUGUCACAAACGACAAUACCCUCUCAUGAACGCUGUGAACGAACAUUUAAAUCAUUUCAAACAGACAAUAUAGGAAUAUCACGUUCUAGUAGACAAAUGGACGUAAAUACACGCAAUGGCAAUACUCAUUUUUCAACGAAAUCCGAAUCUGUCGAUCGUUUACAACAAACAUCUACUGGCCGUUUUAUGUCUCCUUCUCCGAAUCCAUCUUCAUCAAAUCAAUCAUCUGUUUACAAAACCGUUCAGCAAACUUCUUCUACAACUUCUGCAACGUAUAAAUCUUUGCCCGAUCUUUCAUUUAUCUCGCAAUAUUCAAAAGAAACACCACGUACUAACUCUCAAACAACCUCACUAGUACCAUCAGCUGAUUCUCAAUUAUCUUCUGAAGCAGGAUUUAUCACUUCAUCCAAUUCCACUUCUCAACAGCAAGAGCAACAGUCUGAACGUCCUCGUACAUUAAAAUCAAUUAAACGUUAUAAAAAUAGUAAACAUCCAACAGAGCCAUGCGUAUUUUACAAUUUACAAUUACGAAAAACAUUCGCUGCUAUACCAACAAAACAAGUGCAAUCAAAACAAAGUCCAAUAAUGAUGUUAAUGGUACAGCAAAAGCCGCAAAGGACUCACAGCAAACCUCCCUCACUUCUAAAAUCGUGCUUAAAACAUCGUGCCAAUUCUUGUGAUAUUGCAUCUGUUCUCCGACUUCAACCAACACCACUUUCUUGUUCAUCAUCAACAACAAAAAAUGAAAAAAAACAAAGAUCUAGGGAAAAAUCCAAGAUUCCGACACUAGUUGUUGAUAACUCUAGAAAAGGUCGUUCAUCCUCAGUGACGUCUGCACUAUCGGAACGCUAUUCUGAAUCGUCUUUGUUAGAAAAACAUGAACAACAGUGGCAAAAGAUAAAUCAUAUGCCUUCCUCGUCUAAACUGCUUGAUUAUGUAAUAUUAAAUUCAACUGAUGACUCGCAAAAAAGAAUUAAUUCCAUUCAACAACCACAAUCUGCUCAACCUUAUUAUCAUUCGGAUUAUGAUUUACGUACGAUGACACAAACAAAGAAAAGCGUCAGCUUUUCAGAAAAUAUUGCCAAACAUUUGAUAUCACCGUGUAAUCCUUCAAUAACUUUUAGUUCAACGAUUGAACGUGAACAAGAGCCAACAAAUGAUUCUCUAUUAAUGUUACACGAAAAAAACUAUAAUCCAACGUUGAAAACAUUACGUUACGGAGCGAAAGAAGAAAUGAGAAGGUGUCAAACUGAUAUUAUUAUAAUGGAUCCGGCCAAUCUUCACAGUUUUACGGAUAGUCCACCAAAUGAAUUUCGUCUAGAAGAUGAUGAUGGAAAACAUAAUGAUGAGGAUGAUGAUCAAGCUAUAUUAGAAAAAACUGCCGUGAUGAAUUAUAUAGAAAAUGACACUCUACAUACCACUGAUAUACCGACUAUAACUACGACUACUUCUACUGCUUCUUCUUCUUCUACUUCUAAUAUACAGCCAAUACACGAUAAAAUUGAACAGUUUCUUCUAACUGAAAAAGAAAAUGUUAACACUGGUCAACAACAGCGAGCUGAAAAAGCUCGAAAAGUAAUUGCUGAAAUCAAGCCCGAAAUUAUUUCAUUUACAAAAAAUAAUGAUCAUAUAGUUGAAACAAAAACGUUAAUGUCAAAUUCAUUCAUAAUGAAUUCAUCGACAUUAACACCAUGUAUACAACGUACAAUAGAAGCUCUACUUGAAAGCGUGACAGAAACAAUAAAACAAAUAUAUGAAAUUAAACGAGCUGAUAAGUCAUUUUUUCUCAAUAAUGAAUUAAAUCCACAAUUAGAUCAUUUAUUAAAAAAUGAUUUUUGCCUUGUUUUACGUGAUAUAUUAGAAAAUGGUUUAAAACAUCAACAACAACAAUCAUUAUUUAUGAUGAAACAAAUUACAUUAUGGAAAAUAAUUGAUUCAGUUACAGGACAAGGUCAAAUACCUAGUCCAUUUUACGAUGCUAAAAUAAUUGGACAAAAUAUUCAAACAACAAAUUGGUUUUGUAGAUUUCAAGCAUUUAUUUAUGCACUAUUAAAUAAAAGUGAGUUAAUAAAUUGGCUUUAUCAUUAUAUGCGACAAAAGGACCUUCUUCUUCGGUAUUAUGAUUCGUCGGCACUUUUGCUUGUAAAUAAUAAUUUUACGUUUUCUAUAUUUGAACGUUUAAUGACACAAUUUGAAAAACUUUUACCAUUAGCAUUUCGUUUAAAAUUUAUAUCGCCAUCAUCGUCUCUUGCUGGUGUAGGAUCAACAUUCUUAACGUCAAAUGAUGAUUUAUUCGGAAGUACAACAUUGAACGGUGUUAAAGAUUGUGCAAUAACAAUGUCUAGACAAGAAUCAAAAACACUUGAUAAGAACAGUAAUGGACGACAACCAAUCAUUGCUACAAUUGAUAAAAUUCCAGUAACAACAAGUGGAAAUACAAUACGUUCAACAUUGUCAAAAACAUUUAAUAUGCGAGCAUGGUUUCGCGGUAAUGGAAAUAAUAUUGUUAUUGAUAUGAAUACAAAAAAAGGGCCAACAUCUGCUGUAACAACAAAAUUACCGGGACCAAAAUAUGACACAAAUUCUAAAUUGAACGGUAUCCAAUUACGAACUACAUCACCUAGAAGUCCACCAUUAACUAACGUAUUUAAGAAUAACAGCAAUCAUACAACAAAUUCUACUAAAAAACCUACAACAUCUAAUAGUAAUCAUAUACCAACAUCUCAUCGAGGUCUUUCGCCAGUAUCUACUAAUUCAUCAGCAACAACAGCAUUUCAGUCAAAAAUUCCUCGACCAUCGUUGAAUGUCGAUAAAACAAAUAAACCACUAUCCGCACGGUAUUGUACAAGUCAAAAUACAACAAUUGCAAAAUAA